UGGAGCGGAUACUGUGAAGGCUCGAUCCCCUAUUGUGUGAAGUUCGGUUCUGGGGGGGCAGGGACGGUGAGUACUUGUGGAACGGAGGUGUCUUGUUGUGGAUUGUGGAGUGAGGAGUUCUUUGAGGGGCUUUCCAUUUCCAUGGAUGCACUGAUGGGUGCGUAGACAGUUUACUUUCACUACUUGUGCAACCACAGUCUACUAAACUGGGUUUAAGUUCCUGAGUGUUGUAUUCAGGAGUAUUGGGUUACGUCCUCCUUCAUACCCCGUCCUCCAGCUGCUAGGCCUCCUUGUCAAAUAUAGACACCGCCUCCAGCAGUCCAUGGACCGGGCCGAACGGUAGUCCGGCCCCGGCAGGGCGGCCCUUCCAUGAGCCGCGGCCGGCUGCAGCACUCCUGUGCUCCUGCAGGAGGCAGUGCAACGGGGCUGUCCAUGGUGCUGAAGAUUCGUCUGGCCCUGUCCGGGGUGCUGAACAGCUCAGGGGGUGCUGGACUCAGUCUGACGCUGCUGUCACAUUGAUUCAGUCCCUUCUGCUGUAAUCUGAUGGUGUAUUGUGGUUAUAGUCACCGUAGUGUGUUGUAGUGAACGUCUGUCUACCAGCCCGGAGAUGUCGGAGCGGAGGGGGAGGGGAGGGCAGUAGUCUGAGCCUAAGAAAAUGAGUUCAAAGGUCAGAUACUGAGCCAGCAGUGGAGAGCCAAUCAACCAGAGAGGACAAGCCUCAGCAUCAAAAUGAGCCAAGACAUUACAGAGACACGAACACGCACCCGUUCCAAAGGCAUCCGUGUGUCAUCAGAACUUGUGGGACAGGACAUGAAGCAGGAGUUGAGUAGCAGCUGUCCCACCCCUGGAUGUGAUGGCAAAGGCCACGUCAGUGGAAGAUACUCACGACACAGAAGCGUACUGGGAUGCCCGAUAGUGAAGAAAAGGAAGCUAGAGGAGGCCGAGGCCGAGGAGAACCAGUCUGCUCCCAAGAGGAGGAACCAACCUGCCAAACAGGCAGCAGAUGACGGCUUCACUGCAGACAGUGAUGCAGCAGAGGAGGAGGAGGAGCAGAAAGAGGAGGAAGAGGAGGAAGAUGAAGAGCUCAAAGAGAAGAGAAAAAACAAAACAAAAAACAGGCCAGAGUCAACAGACGGUUCACUGGUGACAACAGAGGACACAGAAACAGCAGUUUGUCCUCCAGCUGAAGAUGACAAGAAUGAAAGCGUCACCUCAGAUACUGGGAGCAAACCUGAACGUGAGAAAACUAGUGAGGAAGUGAAGCCAGUAACACUCACUGAUGAUCAUCAACAGGAGGAAACAGAGACACAGGAGAAGGAGGGGGGUCAGCUGGUGACAAAGGACCAGCCAUCAGAGCAUUGUGAAGAAGAAAUGGGGGUUACUGAGAUUAAACAGGCAAAACAAGAGGAGGAAGAGGAAGCAGGAGAAGAAGAAAAGGAAGAGGAAGAGCAGCAUGAAAGGCAAGAAAAUAUAGUGAAGGAGAGGGAGGUAGAGAGAAAGAUGAUAAGCCAGGAAAACUCUGAUCACCAGUACUCCAGUGGCGAUUACAACCAUCAGGCCAAAGAAUCAGCAGUGGAGCAGAGUAAGAGGGCGGAACACGAGGAGGAGGAGGAAGAGGAGGAGGAGGAGGAGGAGGAGGAAGGAGAGGGAGAGGGAGAGGAAGAAGACGAGGGAGAAGAGAGGGAGGUCCACCAAGAGGUUGACACUCCUUACACUUUGAGUCCACGCACUCAGGGAUCUGAAGCCGAGGUGUCACUCAGGGAAGAAAAGGUCAGCAGCCCCAUGACUGAGGAAGAGGAGGAGGAUGUAGAGCAGGAGGAGGAGAGAGAGGAAGAGGAGGAUGAAAGGCAGGGGAAGGAAGCAGGCGAGGUGGUGGAGGAGGAAGAGGAGGACCAAGACUCGAGCAAAGCCUCUCCAACUACAGUGGUCAUAGAAGUCCACUCUGAGGAGGAUGAAGACGAGGAUGAGGAGGAAGGGGAGGAGGAGGAAGAUGAGGAGGAGGAGGAGGAGGAGGAAGGAGAGGAGCAGGACCGUGUCUCAGAAGGCUCAGGAAUCACAGAUGACUCAGAGAACUGGGAUAUGACUCGAGGGAACCUGGGGCUGUUGGAGCAGGCCAUCGCCCUGAAGGCAGAAGAGGUGAAGGGGGGCCAGGAGGCCCGGAGCUCCCCAGAAUACCAACCAUACAGCACCUCCAGCCAGAGCUCUGAGCCUGCUGCUGUAGCCCGCCGUGCUGCUCACUACAGCAAAGAGAAGAAGGAGGUGAAGUGUCCCACCCCAGGAUGUGAUGGGACAGGUCAUGUGACUGGGCUGUACCCUCACCAUCGCAGUCUAUCUGGAUGUCCUCACAAAGACCGAAUCCCUCCGGAGAUCCUGGCCAUGCAUGAGAACGUCUUGAAGUGUCCAACUCCUGGCUGCACAGGCCAAGGUCAUGUCAACAGUAACCGCAACACACACCGCAGUCUGUCCGGCUGCCCCAUUGCAGCUGCAGCUAAACUGAACAAGAACCAGGACAAGCAGGUUCAUUUACAGGCUUCAGCCAGUGAACCCUCCUCCAACUCUGACAGAGUGCUCAGGCCCAUGUGUUUUGUGAAACAGCUGGAGAUCCCUCAGUAUGGCAGCUACCGGCCCAACACAGUGACCACCACGCCUCGAGCUAACCUGGCCAAGGAGCUGGAAAAAUACUCCAAGGUGUCUUUUGACUAUGCAAGCUUUGAUGUCCAGGUGUUUGGAAAGCGUAUGCUCAUUCCAAAGACACCCAGCACCACUGAAACAUCACCCAAAGCCUUCAAAUCUAAAUCAUUCCCUAAGGCCUCCUCCCCCAGUCACAGUGUGUCUGGAGGAUUUUCUAAGAGCGCCUCAUCCUCCAGUGGUUAUGACUAUAGCCAAGAUGCAGAGGCAGCCCACAUGGCAGCAACAGCCAUCCUCAACCUGUCCACUCGCUGCUGGGAGAGACCGGAGACUCUCAGCACCAAGCCCAGGGAGCCCUGUGCCAAGGAGUCGGAUAUUGAAGUGGAUGAAAACGGCACUUUGGACCUCAGCAUGAAGAAGACCAAGAGGGAAGGCAUGCAGUCUCCAGAGCCUUCAUCCUCCUCGUCUUCAUCCUCUCAACACGUUGGAACCACCUUGUCUCAGGGCCACGCUCAGCCAGAGUGGGAGGGGCCGCUGGACUUUACCAAACCAAGUGGAGUCAAAGAGGAGGACCAUGAAGAGGUGGAGUACACGGCUCCCUCAUAUACCUCAUCUGAUGGUGAGGAAGAGGACCAGGAGAACCUGGAGGACAGGAAGUACCCUGGAGAGGUCACCACCAGCAGCUUCAAGGUCAAGUUUCAGCCCAAAGACAGCAAAAAAGAGGUUCUUGUAUGUCCCACCCCAGGCUGUGAUGGCAGUGGACACAUUACUGGCAACUACGCAUCACAUCGAAGUCUGUCAGGCUGUCCUCUUGCUGAUAAAUCACUUCGGACCCUCAUGGCUGCCCACACAGCUGAACUAAAGUGUCCGACUCCAGGUUGUGACGGAUCAGGCCACAUCACUGGAAACUAUGCUUCACAUAGAAGUCUGUCUGGAUGCCCUAGAGCCAAGAAAAGCGGGGUCAAAUCAACCCCCACCAAGGAUGACAAGGAAGACUCAGAGCUGUUGAGGUGUCCAGUUCCUGGCUGUGACAGUCUGGGCCACAUCAGUGGGAAGUAUGCCACUCACCGCAGUGCCUAUGGCUGUCCUCUGGCAGCACGUCGGCAGAAAGAAGGACUUCUUAAUGGCACUCCCUUCUCCUGGAAGGCCUUCAAGACCGAAGGCCCGACCUGCCCGACGCCAGGCUGCGACGGCUCUGGCCACGCUAACGGCAGUUUCCUGACACACCGCAGUCUGUCAGGUUGUCCAAGAGCAUCGGCCAACAAGAAGAGAGCCAAGUUCCCUGGAGACGAGUAUAUUACUGCAAAGUUCAGAGCCAGUGAUGUUCUGGACAACGAUGAAGACAUCAAGCAGCUCAACAAAGAGAUCAACGAGCUGAAUGAGUCCAACUCAGAGAUGGAGACCGAUAUGAUGAACCUGCACACUCAGAUCUCCUCAAUGGAGAAGAACCUGAAGAGCAUGGAGGAGGAGAAUAAACAGAUUGAGGAAAGGAACGAGGCUCUGUUCCUGGAGCUAUCAGGCCUGAGUCAGGCCCUGAUCCGCAGCCUGGCCAACAUCCGCCUGCCCACCAUGCAGGAGCCACUGUCAGAGCAGAACUUCGACAGCUACGUGGAAACCCUGACCCACAUGUUUACCAAUAAAGACUGCUACCAGAACCCUGAGAACCGGGCGUUGCUCGAGUCCAUCAAUCAGGCUGUGAAGGGCAUCGAGGUGUGAUGGGCCGGAGAGGGAAGGGACGGGGGGGGGGCAGGCCAUCACAGUGACAACACCACUCUUUCUUUCCAUACCCUUUAGAUACUAUAUGUACUUAAUUCUUCUCAUUUGGAACUUUGCCAUCUGUUCUUUGCAUUUGUUUCCUGUUUGCAUGUUGCUUUAUGAUGAUAUGAGUAUGAACAGAUUAGGGUGUGGUUGUGAAGUGUGAGGCAGCACACUUGAUGCAAACUGUUACAGUAAGCAAGGGCAUCUCAAGGUAUACAGAGGCACAGAGAGUGCAGAACAAAAUCAGGAGUGGAGUUCUUAUUAGAGUUCUCUUAGUUAGUGAACAUAUCCCAUUUCCACACAAUAAUGUUGAUAGUAUUCUAUAUGAGCAUUGUGAUGUUGCACCUCCAGGACUAGUUUGUAGAUUCACCCUUACAAUUGCUGUGUAACUAUUUAAGUCCUUUGCAAAUGUUGGUUUAAUAACUUCCUUACUCAUGUCUGCUGUAUUAUUUUUAUGUUGGCUUAUUUAUUAUACAUUAUCUAUUUAUUCAGUUUUUGUUUUUUUUUAAUUUCUAAAUGCUACCUGAGAAGAUUUUAAACGGUAACCAAGAGAAGGUAAACAUUUCCUCUGCAUUGCUGAACAAAGAGGAAAUAUUUUAAGAUAUCAACAAUUGUUUUAUAUAUCUUAUUAUUUAUUUAAAUACAGGGAUCUUUUUAAGUGCAAAUAUUUUGUAACUGAAAGUUUUUAAUAAUUUUCUAAAUAUUUUUUUUUUUUUGGGUGCUUAUGUUUAUAUGAUUUUCCUUUUUAUUUCCACAAACUAUUUUCAGUACAUUGCAAUACACUGUGAAUAUUGAGCUGCACAUAUUUGGUAUUUAUUUGGUGAUGAAGAACAAAGUGAUGGUGAAUAUUUAUUUUGUAUCGUCUAAGUGUUCAUGAUGGCUGUGUAUGGAUUAGUCUUUAAGUUGCUCUUGAAAUAAAGGUUAACCCACAGUGCAUGUGGACUGGACUACAGAGUGGUAUCUUACUCUGAAUACAUUAUUCAGCAAAGAUAGUCGAGGUGACAUUUGAAAAUCAGUGCACACAGUGUACUGAGUUUACAUAACAAUACUUCACAGCAUAAACUUAGCAACUUAACAUAGCAACUUCACUCCCCACUGUCACUCACUAUUCAUUAAAAUUCUGUCAUGUCAUGCCUUUCAACCAGUAUUCAGAUAUAAAUGUAAGAUGUAACAUGCUAUGUUUCUCAGUUCAAACAGAUUAUUCAUUGAUCC